UGUACAAAAAUGUGAAGAUUGCGAAUUGUACCGAUUGGACAAGAGUUUGACGUAAUGACGUAAAUAGGAAAACGAAGAAGAAAUGCUAAGUACUUGUGUAGUGAGUGAGUGUUCAAUCGGGCGUUAAUAUUUACUUAACUAAUAUCUACCCACUUUGUAAUUGAUUUACUGAAAUUUAGUAAUAACGCGAUGAAUAUCCGUUUCCGUCUUUAAACUGCCGUUAGGACAGAGUCUUGUGUCUCGAAAUCUGGUUCGCCCUGACUAAAAGUGAAAUAAAUAGCGAAUAAAAUAGGAAUUUGUAUUUAUCUAGCCAUGGAGUCCGAGUAUCAGCCAAAAGUUAGUCCCAUGCGAGCAUAUUCAGUUAUGCACGGAAACACUGCGGAGGCGGACGAGUCCUUCACCAGCCUUUCGGAUUACCACGACUACGAGCCCAGGCUGGAGUUCGACGACUCGGAGCUGACGCAGCCCAUACCCAGCGAUGAUCUAGAUCUACCACCAGAACUGCUGGAUAUACCCGACAACCUACUAGUUAUACCCGACAACCUACUACAGCGGUCGGCCAGCGAUGGGACCAUUGAAGAGAACUUCGAGGAGGAGCUGGCUGCCAAACUCGAGGAGAUCUACACCGAGAUAGCGGCAACGACGCUUGACGACACCUUCACGGAGCUUGACGAGAGCCGAUUGGUGGAAGUGGUGGGCGACGACGCGUUCGGACGACGCAUCAUCGUUGUGUCCGCCUGCCGGCUGCCCUCCAAUAAGGAGCUGCCCCCAGACAAGCUACUUAAGUACCUGAUGUGCACCCUGGACAAAUACGUCGAGCAAGACUACAGCCUGGUGUACCUACACUACGGCCUCACAAGGAACAACAAACCGCCCACAUCCUGGCUCUGGAAGGCCUACAAGGCCUUCGACAGGAAAUACAAGAAAAACCUUAAAGCCCUGUACCUGGUUCACCCAACUAACUUUAUAAGGAUAGUCAUGCAGAUGUUAAAGCCGGCCAUAAGCGUGAAGUUUGGGAGGAAGGUCAUGUAUUUUAACUACCUACACGAGCUGCACCCGCAUGUGGAUUUGGAUAAGUUGAGGAUACCAGAGCAGGUUACUGAGUACGACCAACAACUACUCUCCAAAAACCCAAAAGCUGCUGAAGCUGCCAAACUAAUAUUGGAAAAGCAACCGAUAGCGGAACAGACAGACAAUAGUAAGGAUGGUCUCUCACCGCCACCGACGCAACAGUUUGGGGUGUCGCUGCAGUUUAUAAAGGAGAACAAUUCUAACAUGGUGGAUGCCAUACCGCCGGUGGUGAGGCAGUGUGUGGAGUUCCUUUCGCAGCCGGAUGCAUUAGAAACUGAGGGUAUAUUCCGUCGAUCAGUGAACAUUUCCGUGAUAAAAGAGCUCCAGAGACUCUGCAACCGCGGCGAGCCGAUAUCCUUCAAAGACAAUCCACACAACGCCGCGGUGCUGCUUAAGACCUUCCUUAGAUAUCUGGAGGAGCCAUUACUGACGUUUGACCUUUAUGAGGAGAUCUUGAAGUUCCAAUUGUGGUCGAACCGCGACAAGCCGAGGCAUGUGAAAAUACUCAUCCUAGAAUGGCUCCCGCCGAACAACUAUAAACUAUUGAAGUACAUCAUACAAUUCUUAUGGAAGGUACAAGACCGGAGCUGCCUAAACAAAAUGACUAGCAGCAACCUCGCGGUUGUGUUCGGUCCGAACCUCGCCUGGCCGCCCAACGGCCAGAUGUCCCUGCAAGCUAUCGCGCCCAUCAACGCAUUCACCGACUUCCUACUGAAGAAUCAGGAGACUAUAUUCAUUAUUUAAGCGUUGGUGCUCUGGUAAUGAAUUGAUGUUAGAAUUUAUGGGUACCUAAUACAUCGAGACAGCAUAAAGCAACACUGCGGAGUGAAAAGCAAGGAAAAAACAGGACUAAAAGCGUGGUUCGUCCGACUAAGGAUAAUUAUGUAAAAAUUGAAGAGAGCGGUUUCGCCGGCAAGUCUAUUACAUUAACUUAGUAUAUCUAGAUAAGUUAAAUUUCCAUCUAGAAUUUGACAUGCUUAGAUUGCUUAGUACCGCGGCAGCGAAUUUAAACUUCCAAUUUAUUCUAAGUAUACGGUAUACACAAAAAAAAUUAAAAUCCCUCUAAAGGCGUCGAUGGUUAAGGCGUAGCCAAACUCAUCAGUAGGCCAAUACAUAACCUCGUAAGGCCCACCAUACAAAGUUUCCCUAUUUUUAAUUUGAACCUUGUUGUAUAGAAGAUUAGGGUGACUUUCGUUUGUUUCAGAAAAGAAUGUAACAAAAGAAAUGCUACUUAAUUCAGUUAGUGUAAGGUUCAAAUUAGAUUGAAACAGAGUACACAUUGUGAUGAACAUUGGGCCUUACGAUGAUAAUAUAUGUUUUGCUUCUCUCAAUUAGUAAAAUGAAUUCUCAAAUUAAACUUACAAUUUAUUUAGUUUUUAAUUUGAGAUUGCUUGAAGCGAAUUGUUUUACGUAAAUAUUACAGCUACAAGUAAAACAAACCAUAUCCCUGCUUUUCUGUUGUAUAUAAUUAAUUAAUUAUGUACGACGGCAAAGGGUAUAAAUAUCAGACACAAACCACAGGAAUGUUAUGAUCUGAGCUACUGUAUAUAAUCUUUGGGAUACUGAAAUACAUAUUUCAAAAUUAGAUCUGAUGAAAUUACAUAUAAGCUGUGUAACAGAAAGUUUUCUAAAUUCUAGUGAUUAUAUGAAUAUUAUCUAAACUACCAAUUAAAUUUAAUAAAUAGGAAGGUCAAUACGGAUAAGUGUGGCUGGACAUUAGGGCCCGUUUACACAUUGAUUAGUGUUUGUGAACUAACAUUUCGCUGCCCCAAUAUUACAGGAUUCUAUGUUUCACUUUUAUCGAACUGAGAUUUGAACUUUAUCGUAGUGACAUUAAGUCGAAUUUCAACUAUCUUGAAAAUGUAACAUAGAACCCUGUAAUAUUGGGGCAGCGAUUUGCUACUUGCGUUUAGUGUAAACAGGCCCCGGUAUGAAGGCCAGUUACACUUUUUCCACAGCCACACUUACCCAUUUACCUUACAGUAGGUACCUUUUCCCAAUGUUGUUUAAACAAGUCUUCUAUGAAAAUCCUCAAAUGAAUUGUAACUUAAUCUUCCUUAUUUUAAACAGAAGUCAUGGCAAAAUAUAAAAUAAAAAUUCUUCCUUAUCAUGGUUCGAGGCUACGCUAUCAAAGUAACCUUCACUCUUUCAAGUAAGGUUUACAUUAGGUCGCUUGCGCCCGUCACCGUCACCUUGCUGUGUGAGUGACGUUUUUGUUUACGACGUAAAGCGCUCAAGGGGCUUAAAGUUUGUUGAUCGCUCUACACCCUGAUGUGAUACGUAGUGCUGGAACGCUGAUGUCGCGAACUGUCACGGGAAGAAAUUUACAAUGACAGUGCAAACUGUCAAAAACCCCUGACUGUUUGUGUUUAGUAAGGAGAUUUCCGUUAACUUUUUAAAAAGACGGUUUAGUUAGGCUUCAUUUUUAAAUUUAAAUAAUUAAUAACAGAUUAAUAAUAUAUACUUUUAAUUGUAUUAUUACUUCAAUGGUUUUCGGCUUUAUUUAGAUAUUUAGGGAUUCCUUUGCAUAGUAGGAAAGUUAAAGGAAUGUUAAAAAUGCGAUGAAUGGUGAACCAGACGAAGAGUAGGAAUGUGUAUGAAAUCAUAUCAUUUCACACACAUAGGUAGAAAUGACAGUAUUUGCUUCUAUCCAAUAAUGAAGCUGGUUAAUUGGGCUUCCUUUUUAGACCAUCGGGUCAACACAUUAGACGGUGCUCUGUGGAACGCCGCCAUACCUACUUGUGGUUAGACAUGAGAAUUUUCUGUUUCCAAAUAAUAGUAACAUUUGGGAGGGAUAGUCCUGAACAGACAAGACCCUUAAUAAAUUUCAUAGAUUUUUGUUAGAACAAUAAAAUUAUCGCCGAUAAACAGAGUAUGGCGUCACCACUGUGCGGUUGAACCUUUCUGUAGAUCUGCAGUAGACUAGAAAUAUAUAUUCGUUAGAUCAGUCUGAUCAGAGCCCGCAGAGGCCUCAUCGCAUAAUUUUAUGGCUAAAAAAGUUAUAGUGUACUGAACUGAAAAUUGCACGUCCAUGAUGGAUAUAAAGCAUCAUUAUCAUGUCCAACUACAAGUAUGGCGUCACCACUGUGCGGUUGAACCUUCUGUAGAUCUGCAGUAGACUAGAAAUAUAUAUUCGUUAGAUCAGUCUGAUCAGAGCCCGCAGAGGCCUCAUCGCAUAAUUUUAUGGCAAAAAAAGUUAUAGUGUACUGAACUGAAAAUUGCACGUCCAUGAUGGAUCUAAAGCAUCAUUAUCAUGUCCAACUACAAGUAUGGCGUCACCACUGUGCGGUUGAACCUUCUGUAGAACUGCAGUAGACUAGAAAUCUAGAUUCGUUAGAUCAGUCUGAUCAGAGCCCGCAGAGGCCUCAUCGCAUAAUUUUAUGGCUAAAAAAGUUAUAGUGUACUGACUAACCUGAAAAUUGCACGUCCAUGAUGCUUUAGAUCAGUGGUUCCCAAAGUUGACAGGGCUCCGACCCACCUAACAUAAACUGCCAAAUUCGGGACCCACCUCUUGGCCGUCUUAAAAAGGGGGCAUAAAAUAUUAUUUGUAACGUUAAGAUGCCCUAGUAGUUUCAGGGCCCACUCAAUAUUCGCUCGCAACCCAUAGUUUGGAAAAUGCUGCUUUAAGUAAAAAAAAAUUACAUGAAAAGUACGUCAAGCGACGAUGAAAGUAAAUAGGUCCAUAUAGAACGAGGCAUGUCUCAAGGGUAUCGCCUCGUGAAGCAACUUAGUCUGUAAAAUAUAAGAGGUACCUGGGCAAUUUUAUUCGAACUUAUACACUAAACUUUUUUUAUUUGGAAAAUCUCAUGUUAUUUCUACUCAGAAUCAUGAGCUCUUUCUAUUUUAACAGGAGAUAAAAUGUGUCCUAACAUUUUUAUUUCCAUUCCGUUUGACUUUGUAUGCGGUAACGGAAUGGAAGCAACGAAAAAUU